UUCGAUUGAGUUGGUCUGCCCAGGCGUCUAGACAGCUCUCGCUCUUCGUCCGAAGAUGGCAGCGUCACCUUCGUCCUUACGAGUCUACAGAGGGAUACUUAAAGAACUGCGAGCGAUGCAAGGACAAAAUUACAAACAGUCACUGGCGUACAAUUACAUUACGGAUCAGUUUCGGAAAAAUCAGGUGACAGGAGAGAGAUACUGCCGCGCCCAGCAGGAGGCGCUCCAUGCCUCUCAAACAUACAUGUGUCUGCUGGCAUCCUCCAGGAACCACCAAGCCCUGCAUAACCUUUACCAUGGAAAGGGAGAGCGUGGCGCAGAGGAGGUGGCGGGCUUGGUGGGGCUCAGGUUGCCUACUCAGCCCGGAGGCAAAGGCUGGGAGAAAUGAAAACCGUGCAUGAAUGAUGCUUCAUGAACAGCAACUUCCAAAGGGAUAUGUGUUCAUCCAGAAGCCUGUGGACUAUAACAUGCUUUCCAGGGAGGAACCAUGUAUGGGAAAAACACAUUAUGAAUAGAUGAACCUUACAGUUAAUGUAUAUCUGCUUUUGUUCUGGUCCUUCAAAUAUCGUCGAAAGCAGUGCUAGACAUUCAUAAGAACUGUUCCACGUUGAUUAAUUUCUCUAUUAAAGUAUUCACCACUU